AUGUUCACCCUCACCACCCUCCUCGCCGCCUCCGGCUUCCUCCUCUCAACCUCCCACGCCCUCGAAUUCCCCGACUCGAGCUGCGCAAUCUGUCCCCCCGACAAUCAAACUCUUACCGCUUGCGGCCAACGUUUCGGCAGCUGCUACGAUUUCUGCGCCGAAUCUCGCAAAGAAUUCCCCGUACCAGAAUGCAACGGCGUCUCGGACGAAGUGUUAAUUUGCGAAUACUUCAAGAGUGAUUGUGGAGAAUUAUACGGUGGUUGUUAUAGUAAUAAAGGUCCGAUUCCUGGUUGGGCGGUUCCCACUUGUCCUCCUGAGUCGGAGCCAUCGAAGCCAGAGCCACAAACUGCACCGAAGCAGGAUCCGACGUGUCAGAUUUGUGUGGAUAAUAUUAAUGAUUGUGGAGCAUGCUAA